AUGUAUGGUAUCAGUGCCUUUGGCACCAAUGCGUCUUUCUACAAUACAAACUGGAGAAGGAAAAUGCUAAUGGAAAAUGCUAAUGGUCACUGCGGCAUUAUCAGGCCCCCGCCAGCUGCAGAGUAUUCGCUGAGUACACUUGUGGAUGUGGCACCGAAAAAUCGGUGGGAUCUCAAUAUACUCGAUGAGCAAGGGUAUGACAAAUUUAUGGAAUUCGUUGAGGAGGCCAAGGGUUUAGAACUUCAUGAACUUCAAGAAGCGUAA